AUAGAAAAAGAUCUGACACCUCCACCGAAACAAGAGCUCCCUCCGUCUCCUCCCGAUCCACCCGAAGAACCUGUAAAGGAAGUUAUUCCCGCCCCUGAACCGGAACCAAGGAAACCCGUCUCACUUCCAACCAAGGAAAAAGAGUCUAAGCCCAAGGUUAAUCCUCCGAAGAAGAACCGAAGAGCGAAGCUUCCUAAGCGGGUGAGGAAAGAAGUCAAACCCCUUGGUGUGGCAGCGCCUAUGCCAGUCAGGCCACCGCCAUCGGAUCCUUGGGAAAUGCCUGACACUGGGCCACGAGUUGCGGACAUUGCUGUGCCUGCGUUCCCGGUACCUGCCCCCGUAGAACCACAACUCCCACCUCUUCCCGAGAUCACUGUACCUCAACCAGCCCCGAAGCCAGUCGAGGAACCCGUUCCUGAGCCCCGGAAACGACCUAUGCCCCUGCCCCAGAAGCCCGAGCCAAUCAUGUGGAGGAGACGGCCGGAAUACAAACCUAAGAAGAAAAAAUGGAGGAAGGUUGAAGCUGGUAACCCCCCUAGCAGCCCGGACCCAGCCUUGAGGGAUCCACUCGACUAUCUUGCCAAGUACUGCAUUGUCCACAAAGAACGUGUGCCACAUUACCAGCGUGUCUUCAACACCCAACUCCGGAGUACGGGGAUCAACGUUGAAGAUCGUACGUUAAGGCAAUGGAUGAACACGGCGUCUUCGGACAGGGCAGCGGGUGACCACGACAUUGACGACCAGUCGGAGACGGGGUCGAUGACCACGGAGCAGUCAUCUGGAUACGGAAGUGCAAUAGUGAGGCCAGGCGAGGUCAAUCUCGGGUUCAAGAGUGACUUGGAAGAGUUUAGUGCUACCUUUAAGACCACACCCAUGGAGGUCAAUGAAGACGACUAUGUUAGUCCGAUGAAACUGGACGAUGUCGAGGAUGGAGGCGUUAAAGGCGAUGUCAAAGAUGACGAUGUUGACAGUGGUAGAGCUGAUAGUGCCUCAAGCGACGACCCGCAGAGGAUGUUGAAAGCAAAGAUUGCAUCCUAUGGAAUCAAUGACAAGUUUGACGUCGAAGAAAAACUGGAUAGGAGCCGCUUUAUGCUUGAGAGACAAGAACAGAAGGUGGCCACUUUGAAGGAGAAAGUUUCGUACUUAGAAACUUCUCGGAACAAGGCGAUCGCGGAUAUUGCAAGAAACGAGUUCCUCGAGAUCUUCCGCUUUGACUGGGACCCAGAUGCUGCAGCAGCAGCAGAGGCGAAGAAGAAGAAGGAUAAAAAGUCAAAGAAGAAAAAGAAAGACAAAGCAUCAAAGACAUCAGGACCAAAAAGUGUGGUAAUUGAUCAAGCAGAUACAACGUCAGCUUCACCACCACUGUCAUCUUCAUCGUCAACCAAACCAAUAGAAACAGAAACAACGAAAAUUGGCAGUUUGGGAUUCCCUAUCCUGAAAAAUGGGACCGACGAGUGGGUCUUGAGCAGAAUGACCGAAAAACAGGUUGCCAUGGCCGAGACUGAUGCUGAGGUUUGCAGACUCACCGUUAGUAAACAAAUCACGGAGGAGAGACUGGAAGCAGCGAAUAAACAAAUCAAAGAACUAGAAGGUGAAAAGAAGAUGUUGGAAAAUCUUGAAACGAGGAUGAAAGAGAAUGAAUCAUCCGAUCGGAUGGCAUCCAAACCAGAGUUUAGAAGGAAACAGAGCACUCUCUUUAAUAUGAUGAACCAAGAACAGCCGUUCGAAAUCGAGACGGCCAAUGUGGAAAGUCUGUUGCAGAGAGUCAAUAGUCAUUUGAUAUCGGAAAAGGAAUGCCAAUAUGUGUACCACGUUCUUGAUUUACCUCAGCGUCAUCGAAUCGAUUUUAAGCUCUUUACAAUCGUUGCAGCUUUGUCCGAGAAAAUAUCAAGGCUAGACCCCUUUAUCAAGAAGCUGAUCAACAAGAUCAACUUUGAGGCUCUAAAUGUGAAGAUGGAUCGAGCGAAGGAGUUGUUCUAUCUCCUGGAAGAUGAAGAGGAGCAUGGUUUUCCUGGUGAGGUUCCCGUCAAGAACCUUCAGGUUGAGCUGGAGGCAGGUGGCCUCCGGAAAGAGCAUGUUGAUUUGGUGAUGACAAAGUUCACUCGAGAAGGGAAAGCAACGGUGGACUUUCUGGACUUCUUGACCUAUAUCCCUCUCUUCAUCGACCUACAUGAAAACAUUGUCUCAGAUCCUCUCUACGCUACCAAGGACCUGUGACGAGGGUACCUACAGCGAGUCAUUCACAUCAAUUAGACGUGCGAUGGACUGGUCAGGGGAGUGUUUUAUCAACAUUUUUGUCCGACAAGUUGUCAGAUCUGACAACUUUCCUCGAUGUAUAUUGGCUAAGAAUCGGUGUUACUAUGGUAACUGUAAGAUAAAGUGGGACUUGUCGGAUAAAACUUCAGACAGCCCCUUUCACCAGUCACGAAGGGCUUCCCAGAGGAAUGCAAGAUGACGAGGAUGCACAUCAAGUCGCUCGAAAACCAAAGCCGAAGGUUGCAGGAGUUGGAUGGGAUUGUAUCCCACUGCUGCCACAACAAUUCCUUGAAGAACAAGGAAACUAAUAACAACAGAGAAGAAACUUUUAAUCACUAAGAGGGACUUCCUUUCUAGCGCUACUAGUGAAUCUCCAAGAAUUACAACAAAAAUAUUCAGUCUAUUUAGAGUCCAUUAAUUGAUUUGAAAUUCAACUCUGUACAGAUUUCCAUUCCCAAGACAAAGUGUGUUCGUCUAAAUAUGAAACAAUAAAGUCUGUUAAAUGUAUGUGCUAUCAUUGUCAUAAUUGUACAUAAUAGUAUGAUACAUAUUUUUAUUUAGGCAUUUUGUAAAUUGCUGAACAAUAUGAGCGAAAUAAAUUGCAUUAUCAAGUAUUUUAACAUUUAUUUUUGGGGGAUUUCACAAUCAAUCUUCGAUACUUCUUUCUUUUGUUGUAAGAGCUACUGGCAUGACUAAGAUGUUUUUAUUAUGCCGUCCAACAAAUUUAACAUUAAAGUUAUUUAACAAAUAAUGCAGUAUUAUUCUUCACUAAUACGAAUCCAGCAUUAGUAGUAUUGAUAAAAUUUUAUUGUGUUCUGUCUAGUGCUAGUGUCUACUUUAAAUGAUAUUUAAAUAAGUGUGUGCAUUAAAUGCCUUGUAGCAAACAUACUCUUUGCUAUUUUCUAUGUUAAAUUUGAAUUCGAUUACUAAUAGCAUACUCACAUUGUACUCAAUCUAUGACAAUCAAGUAGUGUUUGUAGCUUUGGUUUAGUACACUAGGUUUCCUGUAAA